GUCACAUUAGUUCAUCAUUAUUGCUGAUGAGAAAAAAUGAUGACCCUUUUCAUCGAAUAACGCUUCAAACGACGACGUAGCAGUUCCUUAAAAAAGGAUACCUUUUCACAUUCAAAUUCCACGCAAAAUACGUACCAACCUCUCCACGCCGGUAGAGCAAACGCAUUCGACAAUCGCGAUGCGUUCCGAUCUGUCCGACGACAAGCACAGCGUGCAGUUGGCUGCGGCAGAAAUAGCCGAAUCGUCCGACACCAGCGGAUUCUACGAGCUGGCCUCGAACGGUUCCACCAACGGUAUCAUCAGCGGCACUGGACACCAUUCCCAUCAUCAUCAUUCGCAGCAGCAGCAGCAGCAGCAGCAGCAACAUCAUUCGCCGCACCAACCACAUCACCAUCAUCACCAUCACAGUGGCCAUGCCCAACAGCAUCAUCACCAACCUCACCCUCACCAGCAUGAGCUGCAGCAGGACAAGAACGCUAACCUGCUGUCGGUCGACUCCCUUACGACACAUUCGACCGGCGGUGCAACGCUGAGGGCAACGUCACGACCGAAAAGGGCCACCAGACGGAUGCAAAUGGAAGCUACCAUCGAUCCGGACAUGACGGAUUCCAGCUCGCAGAGUGACGACACGAGCUGCGGUAGUAGCCGCACGGGCAGCCGGGGCAGUAACGGCGGUGGCCGUUCGGGCCAGGGCGCCGCCGGCAAUGGUAACAGCAGCAGCAGUAGUGCGGCCCGCCGUCGCAAGGGCGCCAUGAACGCGAAGGAACGCAACCUGCGACGGCUCGAAUCGAACGAACGCGAGCGAAUGCGAAUGCACAGCUUAAACGAUGCGUUUCAGUCCCUGCGGGAAGUCAUACCGCAUGUGAAAAAGGAGCGCCGGCUGUCGAAGAUCGAGACGCUCACGCUGGCGAAGAACUACAUCACCGCGCUAACCGACGUCAUUAUCGUGAUGCGGGGCGAAGGCGAAGCGGCCGCUGCCGCCAAUGCUGGCCUUCCGCUGGCAGGUAGCAGCAGCAGCAGCACGUUACCGCUAACCGAUGCUGGCGCACUCGCCCUGCAGAACAACUGUCUUGCAGCAAUCCCGACCAAAGCGCAGCAACCGGAAGUCGUGGGUCCGUGUCAUGCAGCCGAUGUGGAUCCGAUUACCACCUCGCUCGACCUUAUCUCCGCGUCCGUCGGCACGGCGCUCGACUGCCACGAGCGCGUCCUGCAGCAUCAUCACCUGUCGCUAGUGCCGCAUCAUCCUCAUCACCAUCAUCAUCCGCAGGUGCAGGACGGUGCAGGCAAUGGCGGUGGCGGUGGUGGUGGUAGCAAUAGUAGCAGCAACAGCAGCACCAGCACAACAAGCAAUGGCAGUCGCAGUAACGCGAGUGUAACGCCAAAUCCACCAACCAACUCCACCGGCAGCAUCGUGGAUGUGUCCGCCGUGACGGGAACGAAUGGGCAUCAUCCGCACCAUCACCAUCACCACCAGCAGCAGCAGCAGCAACAGCAGCACGGUAGCAUAAACAACAAUCACCUUAAUACCCACCAUUUCAAUAACAAUAGCGCUAGCAGUAUAGAUAUCGAAAACAGCUUCUACGAGGAUCCAUUUCAGAUGAUGUAAUCCCCCAUUCUUGACUCGAACUAUACACCGUUCCCAAGAGGGGGGCAUCCCAUACACCCAUGCAGAUACACACACACACUGAUAAAUUCUACCUGAAUGCAAAGGAAAAGAACGAAUCAGCGUGAAGGACACUACCCACCUACACG